AUGUCAAAUCAGCGGUUUUCGUUACCGUACUCGAAGGGAGAUGGAGAUUUGGAAAAUACCAGUGGAAACACUCAUAAUUAUGAUGGAGACGAUGACAACAACAAGACGUUUAAACCUCGUCAGAAAAAUGCAUUUUACCGGAUCUCAGGCACGUUAAGUGGGUUUGAAGCACGUAUCACUAAUUUUUGCAUUGCUCACAAGAAGAUCACCUUGGCUUUAGUGACGUUGGUCUUUUUGCUGUUUUUCACAUCCAUACCAUUCGUUCCUCACUGGCUGGUUUCGAGUCCGAAAGUGGUGAUAAUUUUGGCUGCUAACGAGGGAGGUGGUGUUCUCAAGUGGAAAUCGCCACAGGAAUGGUCGGUCGAGAGAUCGUCAAUUGCCAACAAAAAGAACUACGCUAAGACUCAUGGCUAUGGCUUAACCAUUAAGGACAUGACUAUCAAGAAGCGUUACUCUCACGAAUGGAGAGAACUGUGGGAAAAAGUUGACAUCAUGAAACAAACAAUGAGACAGUUUCCUGAUACAGAAUGGUUCUGGUGGUUAGAUUUGCACACUUAUAUCAUGGAGCCUCAGAUUCUGUUGGAAGAGCAUUUCUUAAACAACUUGGAAAAUGCCACCUACAGAACGUUGGAGAAGUUCAACCCUUUGGGUUUAGCUACAGACAUUCCUUACGUAGACUACACUCAGCCUAUCGAUAUGAUCAUCACUCAGGACUGUGGUGGGUUCAACUUGGGUUCGUUCUUAAUGAGAAGAUCUUCGUGGACUGAGAUGUUGCUUGACAUCUGGUGGGACCCAGCUAUGUACGAAGAGAUGCACAUGCAGUGGGAACACAAGGAGCAAGAUGCGUUGGAGACUUUGUAUCUGAGCCAGGCAUGGAUACGAGAACGUGUAGGUUUCUUGCCUUUGCGUUCUAUCAAUGCAUUUCCUCCAGGAGCCUGUUCAGAUCAAGCCAAUGAUCCGCAGUUCUUCUUCAAGGACCAUGACUUUGUCAUCAAUAUGGCCGGAUGCGAGUGGGGCCGUGAUUGCUGGGGCGAAAUGGAGCACUACAAGGCUUUGUCGAAGAAGUUGCACAAUAGAUGGUGGAAGUUCUGGUAG